GACAUGGAAGACGAAAUCUCUGCCCUCGUGGUCGAUAAUGGAUCCGGCAUGUGCAAGACUGGUUUUGCUGGGGAUGAUGCCCCCCGGGCUGUCUUUCCAUCCAUCGUGGGCCGCCCCAGACACCAGGGUGUGAUGGUGGGAAUGGGACAGAAGGACAGCUACGUUGGAGAUGAGGCUCAGAGCAAGAGGAGUCUCCUGACCCUGAAGUACCCCAUCGAACACGGCAUCGUCACCAACUGGGAUGACAUGGAGAAGAUCUGGCAUCACACCUUCUACAACGAGCUGAGAGUAGCACCUGAAGAGCAUCCAGUCCUGCUGACCGAGGCUCCCCUCAACCCCAAAGCCAACAGGGAGAAGAUGACACAGAUCAUGUUUGAAACCUUCAACUCUCCUGCCAUGUAUGUGGCCAUCCAGGCUGUGCUGUCCCUGUACGCCGCUAGUCGUACCACAGGAAUUGUGAUGGAAUCUGGUGACGGUGUCAGCCAGAUUGUGCCCAUCUAUGAGGGCUAUACUCUGCAUGAUGCCGUCCUCCGUUUGGAUCUGGCUGGCAGAGAUUUGACAGAUUAUCUGAUGAAAAUGCUGAUGAAGAAGGGCUACAGCUUUGCCCCCAUAGCUGAGCGUGAAAUCGUGCGUGACAUCAAGGAGAAGCUCUGCUAUGUGGCGCUGGACUUUGAGCAGGAGAUGCAGACGGCUGCUUCCUCUUCCUCCUUAAAAAGGAGCUUCGAGCUUCCUGACGGGCAGGUUAUCACACUCGGGAACGAGAGGUUCCGCUGCCCUGAGGCGCUCUUCCAGCCCUCAUUCCUCGGUAUGGAAUCUGCUGCCAUUCAUGAGGCGACCUACAACAGCAUCAAUGAGUGUGAUGCAGACAUCCGUAAGGACCUGUCUGCUAAUGUGUUUUUGUCUGGAGGAACCACCAUGUACCCUGGAAUUGCUGACCGCAUGCAAAAGGAGAUCACUGCUCUGGCCCCACCCACCAUGAAGAUUAAGAUCUUUGCCCCUCCAGAGAGGAAGUACUCUGUCUGGAUUGGUGGUUCCAUCCUGGCUUCCCUGUCCACCUUCCAGCAGAUGUGGAUCAGCAAGCAGGAGUACGAUGAGUCCGGUCCCGCCAUUGUCCACCGCAAAUGUUUCUAA